UUGCUCUGCCCCAACUCAUCUCAUCUCACUCUCACUCUCACUGCUCAUCUCACUUACUAGCUUGCCACACUUCACUACAAGCGACACACACCUCAUCGAUCACAUCUCGACAUGUCUACCACCGUGAGCCGCGCCUACCUCGACCAGAGGCUCGCCGCCGCAAAGCGCUGCUCCAAAGAGGCUGCAAUGGCGGGCGCCAAGGCCGCUGCCGUCGCCACCGUCGCCGCCGCUGUCCCCACCCUGGCGAGCGUGAGGAUGCUGCCGUGGGCGAGGGCGCACCUGAACCCGACGGGGCAGGCGCUCAUCAUCUCCACCGUUGCCGGGAUGGCAUACUUCAUCGUCGCCGAUAAGACCAUCCUCUCCAUGGCCAGGAAGCACUCCUUCGAGGAAGCUCCCGAGCACCUCAAGGACACCUCCUUCAAGAGCGCCGGCGCGCCGCCCGCCAGCACCCGCCCUUGGGCCUUCUUCAGGCACUGAUCAAUUCACCGGUCUAUCCAACUCUCUAGAUCUCAUCAACCCGGCGUGCGAUUCCAUCAGAUGUAUGGCUUCAGAAAGCGAUGUGAGCUAGUAUCAUCAUCAAUUCGUGCGUAUGUAUAAUGUGUGCCAUGCCAUGCAUUUCCUCGAGCUGAAAUAAAGACCAAUAAAGUGUGGGUGUGACAUUUGCGAAGUUGCAAACA